AUGGACGGUGGAAAGACUAUCACUCUAUCCAACGGUGAAGAGCCGUUGAAGACACCAACGGUCAAGGAAGAAUACACAGCUGCCAUGGAUCUCAUCAGCACCUCCACAUCACUAUCCUUACGGCAUCAGACCGAAGACCAAGAUGAAGACAAUGAGACACGAUCUUUCCUCAAUUUCGAGAAGCCUGGACCUGUGACUCUUCUGUUCUGUCUUGUCCUCAACAUGCUGGUCACGAUAUCUUGGUACUACCUCAACCUCGACAUGCCCGAGUCCGACAAAGUGACACCUGCCAUGCUGUUUCGCAUGUUGUACGACGGCAUUGUCCUCUUCCCUAUGGGCUUCUUCUCGCUCUCUGGAUGCUUGUACAGCUUUUGCACUUUACUGUGCCUCAGAAAAGACGAUCGUGUGCUGUGCAUUGCAAGAGUGGCAUUGGGAGGCAUGCUGGGCGCUUCGGUGGUCGUCAAGUAUGGUCUUGAGGCGGGUGUCUUUGGUAGUGCUCCAGAGCAACUGUGUUUCUGGGCUAUGACAGGAAUUACACCUGGAGCUGGAGCUGUGGCAUUGGCUGGUUUCUGCUGGGACUGCUUGUAUUGGGGCUGUGGGAGUGAGGAAGACUCGACACUUGAUGAGAAGAGGCCUCUUUUGGAUAAAGAGGAGGUUUAA